CACCAACACCACUUGCAUUCUAUCAUCUAUAAAUAUCACUUCAUUUUUUCUCCACAAGAAUCAUACUCAGACAACAAAAACAACUUCACAACGUUUUUCCGAUAUGGCAUUUCUAAAGGGUUUUAUCGCGUUUGUUCCGUUCCUUCUUUCAUCACUGAUGCUGCAUCAUCUUUCUCCUACUUCUGUCAUAAGUGCUCAAAGUGAUUAUGUGAGACGCCCAUCAUCUCCUCUUUCUCCACCAACUCAAACUGGAAGAACCCAGUCGACUGAAAGAGAUUCUGACAAAGCACCGCCUCCAGAUACCGAAACUCAGAACGAAAUACUAAAUUCCGAUAUAAUAAUUGAAACGAUUUUAUCUAUUCCAUCUCUACCUUCACCACCAAUUCAAACUACUCAAGCUGAGGAGGAGGCUUUGUCAAGCAAUUCUAAUAUACAAAUACAAGAGACUUCAUCUCUUCCAUCUCCAUCUCCACCACCAAAUCAAAUUAAUAAGCAAUCGCAAAUGUCACCCUCUCCCUCAUCUACAUCUAUUCAAGCACAGGAGGAGGAUCUCUCAAGCAAUUCUAAUAUAGAAGUACAAAAGGCUUCAUCUCCUCCACCUCCAUCUCCACCAAAAAAUCAAAUUAAUAAAGAACUGCAAAAGGCUUCAGCUCCCCCACCUCCAUCUCCACCAAAAAAUCAAAUUAAUAAUCAACUGCAGGCUUCAGCUCCCACACCUCCAUCUCCACCAAAAAAUCAAAUUAAUAAACAACUAGAAAAGGCUUCAGCUCCCCCACCUCCAUCUCCACCAAAAAAUCAAAUUAAUAAACAACUACAAAAUACUCAGGAGGCUCUUUUAAGCAAUUCUAAUAUAGAAGUACAAAAGGCUUCAGCUCCCCCACCUCCAUUUCCACCAAAAAAUCAAAUUAAUAAACAACUACAAAAGACUCAAGAAUCUGCUUCAAAUCCCUUAAAGAUGGUCACAAACAAUGAUACAAUGCUUCACGAUGAGCUUUAAUUCAAGACAAAUACAAUGUAACAAUAUUGUCCAAUAAUACAGCAUUGCUUAUGAUUUAAUCCUUCAAAUAAAAAUAAGUGUUUUUAACAUUAUAGGUAUUUUUUUACCAAUUUUUAAUCUUUUCGACCACUUAGUGUAAUGUGAGAUGGAUUUUUGAAUUUCUCUUAAAUGAAGAAUUAUCACAAAUUGAUGUGGAGCUUAUUGGAUUGUAAUAAAUUUUAAUGCUUCAAUUUUGUGCUAAAGAUAUAACUUUUGUAUCAUAG